GCGCGGGGCGCGAGCGGCGGCGGGCGGGGGCAGCGCUGAGGGCUCCGCGGGACGGGAGCGGAGCGGCGGCAUGGCCGGGCCGCACCUGCAGCAGCCCAGCUUCCUGCUGGCCACGCUGAAGGCGGAUUGUGUCAACAAACCGUUUGCGCAGAGGUGCCGCGACCUGGAGACCGUCAUCGAGGAGCUGCCCGCCAAGGAACUACAUGGCAUCUUCCCAUGGCUGGUGGAAAGCAUUUUUGGCAGCCUGGAUGGCAUCAUCGUGGGCUGGAAUCUACGCUGCUUGCAGGGAAGAACAAACCCUAAUGAAUAUUCUGUGGCCUUGGAUUUCCUGGAUCCCAGUGGCCCGAUGAUGAAGCUGGUUUACAAACUCCAAGCAGAAGAGUACAGAUAUGAUUUCCCAGUCUCAUAUCUUCCAGGCCCUGUGAAGGCUUCAAUACAAGAGCAAGUUCUACCAGAAUGCUCUUUAUACCACAACAAAGUCCAGUUUCCUUCCUCUGGUGGUUUAGGUUUGAAUUUGGCUCUUAAUCCAUUUGAGUAUUACAUGUUUUACUUUGCAAUCAGUUUGAUUACUCAGAAGAACUCACCUGUCACCCAUCAUGUCAGCCCUUCCAACAGUGCUUAUUUCAUCCUGGUGGACACGUACCUCAAGUGUUUCCUGCCCACAGAAGGAAGUGUCCUUCCCCCACCUUCUUCAAAUCCUGGGGGAGCCAUCCCUUCCCCUACUCCCAGGUCCCCAGCAGUGCCCUUCUCCUCCUAUGGCAUGCACCACACCAGCCUGCUGAAGCGGCACAUUGCCCACCAGCCCUCUGUGAACGCUGACCCAGCCUCCCAGGAGAUCUGGAGAUCAGAAACACUGCUUCAGAUCUUUGUUGAAAUGUGGCUUCAUCACUAUUCACUGGAAAUGUAUCAGAAAAUGCAGUCCCCUCACGUCAAGCUGUCUCCACCAAUGGCAGAUUUCUGCCUCUCACACAAUAGUCAUUUAAGCAAACCUUGCGUGGAAGAAAAGAUCAGAAUUUGCAUGGCUGUCACCCAGAUUAAGGAGUCAUUCAAGCCCACUGAAGAGCAUGUGCUGGUGGUAAGACUGCUUGUGAAACAUCUGCAUGCUUUCAGCAACAGCCUGAAGCCAGAGCCUCUCUCCCCUUCAGCCCACUCCCACACAGCCAGCCCACUGGAGGAGUUUAAAAGGGUUGUGAUUCCUCGGUUUGUCCAGGAGAAGCUUUAUAUCUUUUUGCAACACUGUUUUGGCCACUGGCCUCUGGAUGCCUCUUUCAGAGCAGUUCUUGAGAUGUGGUUGAGUUACCUGCAGCCCUGGAGGUACGCGCCCGAAAAGCCCCCGCAAAGCACAGAGCCUUUGCCUCGCAGCGUCUCGGAGAAGUGGGCUGCCUUCAUUCAAGAGAACCUGCUCAUGUAUACCAAGCUGUUUGUGGGAUUUCUGAACAGAGCUCUUCGGACAGAUUUGGUCAGUCCAAAAAAUGCCCUCAUGGUGUUCCGAGUAGCUAAGGUCUUUGCUCAGCCCAAUCUAGCUGAAAUGAUCCUGAAAGGAGAACAGUUAUUCCUGGAGCCAGAACUUGUGAUUCCCCACCGUCAACACCGACUUUUUAUGAGCCCCACUCUUGGUGGGAGUUUUUUGUCAUCACGGUCUCCAGCUGUUACAGAUGCCUCAUUUAAGGUGAAGAGUCAUGUUUACAGCCUGGAAGGACAGGACUUCCAGUAUAAACAGAUGUUUGGCACAGAAGUCAGGAAUUUGGUGUUAAAACUGGCCCAGUUAAUUUGUCAGGCACAGCAGACAGCAAAGUCCAUAUCAGACCACUCUGCAGAGACAAUGGCCAGCCAGUCCUUCUUCUCGUGGUUUAGGUUCACACCAUCUGAUGUGAAUGGUUCCUACACAGGCAAUGACCUUGAUGAAAUUGGGCAGGACAGCAUCAAAAAAACAGAUGAAUACUUGGAGAAGGCACUGGAAUAUUUGUGCCAGAUCUUUAAGCUGAGUGAAGCCCAGCUGACCCAGAUGAUGAUGAAGUGUGGGACAGCUCAAGAUGAGAACGGAAAAAAACAGCUUCCAGACUGCAUUGCAAGCGAGAACGGCCUCAUCCUUACACCCCUUGGCAGGUACCAGAUCAUAAACGGCUUACGCAGGUUUGAGCUGCAGUACCAAGGGGACACCGAGCUCCAGCCCAUCCGCAGCUACGAGAGCGCUGCUCUGGUGCGGCUCCUGUUCCGCGUGUCCUCGGCGCUCAACGAGAGGUUUGCUGAUCAGAUGGAAGUGCUUUGCUCCAGGGACGAUUUUGUUGGCAGACUGUGUCGCUACCACCUGACCAACCCCCAGCUCGUACAGAAAAUCAGGUACAGCCCCGUGGUGAGGGACAGAACGAGCCAGAACUGGGGACCCAGGAUCAGUCUGAGGUUUCUGGCCAGCUACAGGACUCUGAUCUCUUUGCUGAUGAUCUACUUCCUUGCAUCCUGGUUUUAUGUCGGGCCAGUUGGCUGCACAUUCAUUAUCCUAAUUGGAUAUUUUCUUUAUGCUGUAAUAAUGACUUUUUUCUUCGAAGGAUGGAAACCACAUGAACACUAGUUUCCUCUUCCUGGCUUCUAGAAAUAAAUGUUUUAAGGAUGAGCCCGAGAUUCCAUGACUAAAAUGUUUUAAUUAUAUCAGCUCUUCCUAAAAUAUUUUUUAAUACUAAAGUUAAUGAAGUUUUAUAAACAUUGAUGUGGCCUUGUAGAGAUAAUCAAUGUAAAUUUUAUUUUUAUAAAACUCUUCCUGUACACUCGAGUGAUUAUGUUGUUUGGAUUUUCUUUUUGAGGGGAGAAGAAUGAGCCAUGAGUAUUUAUAAAACUGAGUCAUGCCACAGGUGUAUCCCAUCACUGACCUCUUGACCAGUUCUUCCAGUUCACUGAGGACAGGAAGGAU